AUGCAAACAAUUAAGUGUGUUGUUGUCGGUGAUGGUGCCGUUGGAAAAACUUGUCUUUUGAUUUCCUACACAACCAACAAAUUCCCAGCCGAUUACGUUCCAACAGUGUUUGAUAAUUAUGCCGUUACCGUAAUGAUCGGGGAUGUCCCAUAUACUUUGGGUCUUUUUGAUACUGCCGGUCAAGAAGAUUAUGAUCGUCUUAGACCUUUAUCAUAUCCUUCAACCGACGUAUUUUUGGUGUGUUUUUCAGUAAUUUCCCCUCCAAGCUUUGAAAACGUGAAAGAAAAAUGGUUCCCUGAAGUUCAUAAUCACUGUCCUGGUGUUCCAUGUCUCAUUGUUGGUACACAAAUCGAUCUUAGACAAGAUCCUUUGAUUAUAGAGAGAUUGCAAAGACAAAGACUAAAUGUUAUUAGUGUUGAAAGCGGGGUUAGAUUGGCAAAAGAAUUGAAAGCAGUUAGAUACGUUGAAUGUUCAGCUUUAACUCAAAAGGGCUUGAAGAAUGUGUUUGAUGAAGCGAUUGUUGCUGCUUUGGAACCUCCUGUUAUAAAGAAAAACAAGAAAUGUACAAUCUUAUGA